AUGCGCGCGGAUCGCGCCGCGCUGUACGCGUGGCUCGUGUGCUGCGCCGUCGCCAUAUCUACGCACAAGUACAGUACGCGCGUCAUACGCACCAAAUACGGCCCGCUGCGAGGGAUCGUGGUUCACUCGCAUCCGCAAGUCGAAGCCUACCUCGGAGUCCCGUACGCGACCCCUCCACUAGGAAGCCUAAGAUAUAUGCCACCGGUAACACCGUCUCAGUGGCGGACUACGCGCUUAGCAGACGCCGUCGGGCCCGUCUGCCCCCAAGUACCGCCCAGCGCGACGCCCCGGGAGGAAGCCCUACUGUUGCACCCGCGCGCAAGGAUCAAACAGCUCGAGAGACUACUACCAAUGUUGGCCAACCAGAGCGAGGACUGCCUCUACGUCAACCUCUACGUGCCAGUCAAUGGUGCGGAGGGCGAAAACGAGGGCAGCGGGCUGCCGUGCCUGGUGUUCGUGCACGGGGACUCGUACGAGUGGAGCUCGGGCAACGCGUACGAGGGCACAACGCUGGCCGCCCACGGCAACAUCAUCGUCGUUACCAUCAACUUCAGGCUUGGAGUGCUUGGUUUUCUGAAGACUGGUGCCAAAGGUUCGGCGCAGGGAAACUUCGGUCUGAUGGACCUGGUGGCCGGUCUGCACUGGCUGCGGGAAAACCUGCCUGCUUUCGGUGGUAACCCAGAGAAGGUUACGCUAAUGGGCCACGGGACGGGCGCGGCGCUGGCCAACUUCCUAGCCGUUUCACCAGUCGCCAGAGAACUACUGAGGCGCGUCAUCUUGUUAAGCGGGUCGGGGCUGAGCUCGUGGGCGUUGCAGAGGGAGCCGCUCACGAUAAAAAGAAAGGUCGCGGAGCAGACUGGCUGCCACGGCGACCUGCUGGAGGACGACCUGGCACCGUGCCUGCGGAACAAGCCGCUGGCCGAGCUGCUGGCGAUACGGCUGGACCCGCCACGAUUCUUGCCAGGAUUUGCGCCGUUCGUCGAUGGCACAGUUAUCGUCAAUCCGUCUUCUGGUCCACCUCCGACAGACAGCUCGCGGCUGGGCGCCGGCGCCGCGGCCGUGGCCAACGCAGCAGGACACGAAUUAGCAGAUUUUUCACACCGAGAACUCAUGUUCGGUCUCACCACUACCGAGUCUUACUUGGAAUUCAACGCUCAAGACUUGGAGUUCGGUUUCAACGAGAGCCGGAGAGAUCGAAUACUGCGCACUUUCGUCCGCAACGCCUACUACUUCCACCUCAACGAGAUCUACUCCACCCUGAAGAACGAGUACACCGACUGGGACAAGCCCGUCCAGAACCCGCUCAGCGUUCGCGACGCCACGCUCGAGGUGCUGAGCGACGGUCGUACGGCAGCGCCGCUCAUCCGCCUGGGAUACCUGCACGCGCUGCGCGGGGGGACCACAUUCUUCACGCAUUUCCACCACCUCUCGCCCGACAAGGAUUAUCCCCAGAGGCCGGGUUCCGUUCACGGGGAGGAGCUCCCGUACUACCUCGGAGUGCCCUUAUCGCUGUCGCACCAUCUGCGCAACUUCACACAGCAGGAGCAAAAAGUUUCGAAGCUUUGCAUGCAUUAUAUUUCGAAUUUCGUUAAAUACGGAAAUCCGAACGAUCCCUCGGCCACCCCGCCCCCCAGCCCCCUGCUGGGCGAGACCCCCCGCCUGGGCCCGGACCAAACUCCCUACUGGGACACGUACGACACCAUCAACCAACUCUACAUGGAAAUAAGUGGCAAGUCCGAGAUGCGGAGCCACUACCGCGGCCACAAGAUGUCGCUGUGGCUGUCGCUCAUCCCGCAGCUGCACCGGCCCGGCCCCGAGCUGCCCGACGCCGCGAUGAGGCACCACCACUUCCAAGACGACAGCGCUAACUACUACGAAGGUGCAGUGAGAACACAAUCCCUGUCCCGCGCCAGCAUCCCCCACGUGGUACACGUGGACGGCGGGUCGUCGCGCGGCGAGCCCCGCAGCACGCCGACGGCCCGGACGGCCCUGCCCAAGCCGUCGGCGGCUCCCCCGGCGCAGUCCACCGAGUGCCCCCCUAACGCGACGUCCGCGCCCCCGCAGACCGACGACGCCCUUCUUCGGAGAUUGGCCUCGUCCCACUACCAGUCCUACACCGCAGCCCUCACGGUCACGAUAGCCGUCGGAUGCUUCCUUCUCCUCCUCAACGUCCUCAUCUUCGCCGGCAUCUACCACCAGAGGGGCUCCCGGCCUCGUCGCUGCAAGGACGACCUGGCGGAGGCCGGGAGCUCGUCUUCGUCCGACAACUAUGACGGCAAACUGGAUUACGAGGUUCACACGUUCAACGGCAAGGGAUUCGGGUUCGACUGCAAGUCCGCUCACGUGCCGCGGAGCAUCGGCUCCAAGUUCGACCUGAGGACUCUGUCGGACUGCGGGGAGCCGACGUUCGGCGAGUACAGCUGCUACGACGAGAAACACCGCGCGGCGCGGAGCUCGCUGCCGGACGUCAGCGUCGGGAGCGCGAUCGAGGCGGGGAGCGUCGUAUGCAUCGACACGCAGAAGCCCGACAUACAAAAAAUCGAGGCUCGAAUACAGGACGUCGUGAGCAGGACGAGCACGUUCGAGCCGCGGGUCGCCGACAGCUCGACGCAGGUGAAGUUCGGUCCGGUGCCCGAGGGGGCCGAGGCGGCCGAGUCACACGACGAGUCGGAGCCGGGCGCGGCGGGCGGGUCGGGCAUCCUGCGGGUCCCGCCCGCCCCCACCGCGCCCGCGCCGCCCGGCAUCAUGAAGAAGCGCGUGCAGAUACAGGAGAUAUCGGUAUGAGAGUUGGAGAAACUGGACUCUGCGGAGGUCGUGGUGAACACGCGGACUAAGUUGUGAAUAAAUGGUGUAAAUAAAAGUGCUGUGUUCUCGUGAAACGUAUAAAUUAUAUUAUUAUGUACAUAGCUGUGAGUAUUAAGUAUUGAAAAUGUGAAUUGACUCUAAGACUUCAAAGUUUUACUAUACAAAUAGAUAAAAUAAUAAUUGUAAAUAUUUAAAGAUUA